AUGACAGACAGGAUCUCAUCCUUACCUACGCAAUCGGUGACUCCGAGUCAGACGGUCGUACUUAGCCCAAAAUCUACCCCUACCUUACCGAACUAUGUCUCGAACAAGGUCCAGGGCGCGAUCGAAGAAGAACCGUACACGAUCAAGUGUAUCUGCAACUUCACUGACGAUGACGGGAACACUAUAUAUUGCGAAAUAUGUGAUACCUGGCAGCAUAUCGAAUGCUAUUAUCCGCUCAACAUGGACGAGGCCUUACGAGAAGAUUUUGCACACUCUUGUGUUGAGUGCAAACCCAGACCGCUCGAUCGCCAAGGCGCCUUCGACAGGCAACGACUACGACGGAGCAAGCCAAGUACAUUGGAGGCGUCCGAACGAAAAGUCAAACGACCUCCCACUAAAACGACAAAAAAGAAAACCAGACCAACAGACCUUGGGCCAAGUGGCCAGAUUAAUUUCGAUACCAACUUAAAAUAUUCUCAAGACCACCCACCCUCUCACCAACAUAAGAAGUCCAAAAGCACACACCGACCUAGUCAAUCAAUUAGUUCACAAAAUCCAAAACGCAGCCCUUCGUACGGGCAAAAGACUGGGAAUCCCCACGGUCAUCCGCCCAGUCCCGCCACAACACCUCCAGAUCUUCCCCACGAACUUGAGAUACAAUAUUCGAAUGCUUUCUUAAACCUGUAUAAAGACGACCGCGACGUGCCUAUCGUCCAGACAAAUUCUUUUGCUACUCUUUCUAUAUCAAACGUGCUAUCUAUAUGGCUGCGGGAUCACGAUAGAUUGAAAGCAGAAGCUGGGUGCAAAUUUGACGAAGUUUUCCAGUCUCUACCGCCCAAUAUUGACUCCCUUAGAAUAUUACCUCGGAUCGAAACUAGGAAGUUGCCCAUUGGACCGGAUACGAUUGUACACUGGCAGCAUCUUAGGACGUCCGAAACAAUCGACAAGAACAUACCUUUGAUGGAAUUAAAUGGCCAAAUCGGAAUACAAAAGGACUACUGCGAAGAUCCGGAAAAUCGUUGGCAAGAAUUAAGCACGCCGCUCCCCUUUGUCUUCUUUCAUCCUAUGCUUCCUAUUUACAUCGAUACCCGAAAAGAAGGCUCUCUUGCUCGUUAUGUACGACGAAGUUGUAAGCCAAAUGCGGUGCUGGAUACUUACUUAUCUGAUGGUUCUGAGUAUCAUUUCUGGCUAGUCAGCGAUCGACGGAUACUACCUUCUGAGCAGAUUACGAUCCCAUGGGAGUUCAAUCUUCAGAAGGACGUAGCGCGGAGGUGGGAACAGUUGCUCGGUCUUGGAGAUGAGGAAGCAGGUGCGCAACCAGAGUAUAAUGAAAAAGAGACGGAGACAUACCAAAGCAUUGCGUCUUGGGUUCAUGCUGUUCUUUCGGAAUACGGUGGGUGCGCAUGCGACUUAGGACCGGACUGCGCGUUUGCUCGUUUCCAUCGAACCUAUAUACUCAAGCCGCAACAGCAAUCAAAAGAAAUCAAGGGUGUGAAAAAGAAGUCUCGGAAGGCCAAAGCAAGCGCCAUUUCUCCGACCAGCACCGGCCAUGCGACUAACAGCCGUGCCCCUAGUGAGGGCCACGGCGAUGAUGGUGCGGAUAACGAUUCUGGGUCUUCGCAUAGCAAGCCUCCUAGCCGAGACAUGACUCCAGCACCACGACAAGGCUCCUUUGAUACGCUAGGCGUCUUAACAGAACUCACCGACAGAGAUAAGCGAAAGGUCCAGAUGGUUGAAGACUCAUUCCGCCGCAUGGAGCAACAGCAGCAACCUCCACGGAAAAAGAAAAGAACUUCCGAUGGUUCUGGCAAUUCAAACCCCACCUCAAAGUCCAAACCAAGAGGUUCGUUUAGUCAUCCAGGAGGUCUUUCUAAUGGGGUCAUAGAACGUCGUUACGUUGACGCCGGUACUUCGAGGAGCAUGUCUGGUUCUCCAUCUAGCGCAGUAUCACCACACACGACCGGCCAUUCUAAACAGUACGAUCCGCGCAACCUCUCAACGCAGGCUCUUGCGCGACAUUCCUCUGAGAGAGCCCGACCUGAAUAUUGUGAUGUUUCCGUUCAAACGGACCCGGUCGAUGGUGAAUGGUUUAGUGGUGACUGCCAAACGCCAAAGCCAAAGAGACGAGUCGUAUCAUUGUCGAAGCGUUUACUGGAAUCUCGACAUCGCUUGCGGGCAGAUGAAGAACGAAAGAGAAAGAUUCAUUCUACCUCUCCCAUUUCGAUAUCGUCCGCUACCGUCAAAAUGGACCUGGAUUCUCCUAAUGUGGAGCACAAUUUGACGGUAGUCCCUGAAAUAGAAAAGCCGGAUAAGCCAACGCCACCACGAGUCGAUUCACCUGUUGACACAUCAAUGGAGGAUGCACCAGUGUCGCCUACAGAUACCAAGAGUUCUUCGGUCGUAGUUCCAGUAAUACCUAAGCCGAUAAAAAACAACUCGCCCGAACUACGUGUUCAAAUGCCACCUGUCCCCGCGUUUAACGGUACGGUAGUUCCUAGUGUUACGACUCCAUUAUCUGCAUCUGGGACCCCAACCCAGUCACCAUUCUCUAGUAGUAAUAUACCUAGUCCAUUCGCACCGGCGUCGGUUAACGGGGUUGCGGUUCAGCCUAGCCCGAUCAAGAAGAAGCUGAGCUUGAGCGACUACACAAAAAGCAGGAUGAAUAAGGCAGCGGCAGCAAAACCAACAGGAGGCUCUUUGAAGCCGCCAAGUAUUGUGUUGGAGGAGGCUAAAUCACCAACGAGCUCGGAUAUUGCUACUAUGGAAGCUCCUGUUGCUGAUAAAAGCGCUGAAUAA